AGACAGAGAGAGGGAGAGCGAGACAGCGCCACUUCCCACCCUCAAGCUGUUUGUGUGCGUGUGUGUGUCGGCUGGCUCCAAGGGCACAGUGGCAGGGGCUGGUGCAUGGCAGUGGGGGGGCAGAGCGGCGUCCGCUCCUCAGCAGCGGUCAGGCUGGGGGUCGACCUGGGGCCUGGGCCUGGGCUGGGCCGCCUGGGCCAGGACGCAGAGGCCAGGCGAGACGAGGCCCUGGGGGGCCGUUGGGGUUGGAGCUGUGGCAGGAGAUCGGGGAUCCCGGACAGGCCCAGGGAGCAUGCGCUGCUCUCUGCGUGUGUGGGUGCUGUUGGGGUCUCUGGCCCUCCUCUUCCUCACCUCACUGCUCUUCUCUUUCUCUCUGAGAGGGGGUCCUGGCCUGCCCUACCUGGACCCCGGGCCUGACUGGGAAGAGUCCCGCAGGGUGAAGCUGGUACCCAACUAUGCUGGAUCACACAAGCCAGUCCCUGCAGAGAGCGGCCAGCAGAAGACAUGUGCCUGCACUCGCUGUGUUGGUGACCCUGGCGUGUCCGACUGGUUUGAUGAAAAUUACGAUCCUGACAUCUCACCCGUCUGGACACGGGACAACAUCCAGCUGCCUUCAGAUGUCUACUACUGGUGGGUGAUGCUGCAGCCUCAGUUUAAGCCACACAGUAUCCAGCAGGUGCUGCUGAGGCUGUUCCAGGUUAUCCCGGGCCGCUCGCCAUACGGUUCGUGGGACCCUGCCCGCUGCCUGCGCUGCGCCGUAGUGGGCAACUCGGGCAACCUCCGAGGAGCCAGCUACGGGCCAGUGAUCGACGGCCACAACUACAUUAUGAGGAUAAACCUGGCUCCCACAGUUGGAUAUGAAGAGGACGUGGGCAGCCACACCACCCACCACUUCAUGUAUCCAGAAAGUGCCAAGAACCUAGCUGCCAAUGUCAGCUUUGUUCUAGUGCCCUUCAAGACUCUGGACCUGCUCUGGAUCACCAGCGCCCUCUCCACUGGCCAGAUCCGCUUUACCUAUGCUCCAGUGAAGCAGUUUCUGCGUGUGGACAAGGACAAGGUUCAGAUCUUUAAUCCAGCGUUCUUCAAGUACAUCCACGAUCGCUGGACACGGCACCAUGGACGUUACCCGUCCACCGGCAUGCUUGUCCUCUUCUUCGCCCUACAUGUGUGUGAUGAGGUGAAUGUAUUUGGCUUCGGAGCAGACAGCCGGGGGAACUGGCACCACUACUGGGAACAGAACCGAUACUCCGGAGAGUUUCGUAAAACAGGUGUCCAUGAUGCAGACUAUGAGGCCCAGAUCAUAGACCGGCUGGCCAAGGCUGGCAAAAUCACUGUCUUUCCUGGGAAGUGAAGUCCUAGAGUAGGUGUCAAUGGGUGGACAAACUAAGAAACCAUGCAAGCCCUGCUCCAGCUGACUUUCUUUUAUGCUUGUGUACUGUUCACUAGUGCUUUCAGAAUGGAAACAGUCCGAAGAAUGAAUCAGGACCUCCUCACUGAUGCCCAGCCCUGGUCAGGAAUCCGGCCCCCCUUUUCACCAGUGGUUUUGAGCGGAGGUGAUUGUAACUGCUUCUUCCAGGCCUACCUCAAUCAGGAAGAGGAACUGAAUGAAUGGUGGACAUAGAUACGUUCUCCUCCCUCAAACUAGCAGGUGGGUUAAUCAGCGUUUGGAGCUGAUUAAUCCAGCUCAUGUUCACUGAAAGGACUGCAUAAAGCUACUACAGAAAAGUAUGUAACUGAACAUAACGGUUGUCAGUCAUCCCAUUCACGCCUGCCUCCCAUGUGCUCAGCCAGUGGCUUGGGAAAUGGGUGUGAUUAGCCAAUAGUGACCGCUGUGAUCCUAGUGCUAUAAUCCUCUGUGGUUCAUUAAUGCUGGGAUAAGAAGAAACAGCCAGACCGUGCUGCACUGCAGCAGGUGGAGACCUCGUGUCGCCAGGUGGCGCACUCGAGCAAGUGGAAGUUUACAUGUUCUUACAAAGCGACGAAUCCUUUUUAGUUUGUUGUAUUAAUUCUUUUAUCUGUACGUGUUAUCCCGUUAAAGGGUCAGUGUGACCCUGCCUCACUGUGCUGUCACAGCUGUUUGAACAGAUGUUUGUCAUUGCUCGGUACAACUCACUGUUUAAUUAUUUUAAUUAAUAAUUACCAUAUAGUAUUACUUAUCCAACUUUUUGGAGCAUUUAAAGAGAGGAAGUCCAAACUUACUGUCGUCGGUUUAACUGAAACCGCUUAUUUAGUCCAGUAUGCUCGACCUGUGUUUAGACAUAUUUAUAAAAUGAUACUUGUUCUAAAUUUGUGCAGUGUCUGCAGAGGUAGAGCUGAUGCAUCAAACAUUGAAUGAGCCAAAACAUCUAAAGACAAAAAUAAUGAAAUUGUCUGCUGCCACCUAGUGUCCGCCGAGGGACACUACUUCAUUUAUGAGCAGGAACAAAACUGUAUCUUUGUGACAAAUCCAGGGGAAUUUUGACACCGGGGGAAACUUCCCUCUGAGAAGCCCACACUGCUACAUGAUGUGGAGACUUGGAGAUUGAUAUGUGUCAUAAUUGAUAUAUGGUCUCCGUCGCAUUUCUUGUGACGUUACUGUGACAAAUAGCUCGGGCUCAGCCUUUGUGCUGCAUGUAAGCUCAUGUUGGCAUCAGUACCAUUAGGUAUUUACGACUGAUUCAUGCUGCUUAUUGAAUCGAGGUGUUUUUUCUUUUGACAGUGAGGUUAGUUCACCCGAAUCUGUCAAAGACUACACUUAAAGGGAUAUUUCAGCGUGAAACUAGAGUUUAAUGUUAUCUGUCGUGUUCUGCUGUAUUCUGUUGCACAACCUUGUUGUCCCUCAGCCUCGACUGGACUGACAGACGUUUUCGUUUUCUCUUACUAUAUCCAGGAUACAAUACACAGCAGACAAUCCCUAUUGGGUUCAACCAGUACUGACAGCCAGCCUUGCCUCUGAUCUGUAGGUUAAUAAAUACAACCAAGCUAGAAUGACCUUAGUCACUGAGCAAACUUAUAAAGACAACGAUUUUGGCUUUCAUUCAGAAAGUCAUCUGGCAUCCUCCUGAAUUCCCCCAGAAAAAAUAACCGUUGUUUAAAAAUCCACCCAAGGCAUUCAACAGAAGGGUUCUCCUAGUCUUAAAACCAGACUACUUGCUCUAGUGACUACUGCAGCACUGUUGUGGGAUCAAUGUAAAGCAUGUUUACAGCAAAUGUAACAACGGUUACACUUUUCAAUUUGGCAGGUGUGUCCCUUUGGGCACCGUUUAACCCCCAGCUGUCUUUGAUUUCUGUUCGAGUGUGUAGAGCCGUGUUCUGUGGAAGGGUAGAGAGAGGCAGGUAACCCAAGCUUUCUGCUUUAGCAUAGUCCAUGUUUUCAGGUGCAGUAGAAUCUUUUUGAAAUGUAGACAUAUCAGCUGUUUCCAGUAGUGUGGAAAACACGUGCAGACGUACACACACGCUUGCGUGCCUUGUCCUUGCUAUGGACACUUCCUCCCUGCAGUGCAACAGAAACCUCAUACUCAAACGCAUCGUUUCCUGUGCCGUCCGAUCAGUCUUCUUACUGUGCACGUUCUCUCUCUGGUCAAGUGUUCUUCAAAGUCGUCUCAGCUCCGAAGCAAAAGACCACACACACACACACACACACACACAAUCCUACGUGAGGACUGUAUUAUUAAAGCCCUUCACAUGAAGCACGCCCUCCGUUUCCUGAAGCUCAACCACCACUGCUGAGUACUGUGCCUUCAGGACCAGGGUGAAACCCGUGCCACCCACAGUCCACUCGUCUCUGCCCUCAUUAAUUACAAGCAAGAAACCUGCUAGCGUUCCUAACCUCUCUUAAUCCCUCAAAUAUAUACCAUCUGAGGGGAGCUGUCAGUUGUAACAUAUGGUGGGAUAUAGUGUUGAGUGUCGGUGAAACCUGUGAGAUAAAAACUUGAUUUCAUGAAAGCUCAGCUGUUUACUAACCUCUAGCAGAUGGAAUUUUUCCUUGAAAAUGACAUGCAAUUAUGUCACCAAAGAGUUUUUGCUUUGGUAUUCCUGAAUUUUUGGUCAGAUGUUUUUAAAGAAAAACUCUUCAUUUGGGUCCUAUGGGCCACAUGCUAAUCCAAAACCAUGUUGAACACUGAAUAUCUUUUAUUUUUUAUUUUUAAUCGUCCCUGAAGGAUCAGAGCUGGAUCAGAAUAUGUACAUUUUGGAAGGGAACAGUAAUCAGUGAAAACAGUGAUGACUUGCCAGCUGUUCCUAGACACUUUUGAUGUGGUGACAUGACUGUAACGGACUCACGUCUAGCACAUUAUUCGUAUACAUUAUUUUGGCAGGCGCUCUUAUCCAGAGCGACUUACAAUUUGAUUAUUUUACUUAUUUUAGGCGAAGGUGGUGUUAGGAGUCUUGCCCAAGGAUUCUUAUUGGUAUAGUGUAGGGUGGGGGACUGAACCCCAGUCUAGAAGGCAGAUGUUACCCACUACACCAACCAACCAAAACAAGAGCCAGUAAUCCUGUCUUGAACAUUCACUCUCACCGGCUCUGUAUUUUAUAUCUUCAUAUAUACACCAUAUUCUUCACAUGAAAGGCCCACAGAUCUGUGCCUGACUCCUUCAGACAGAACAAAGGGAGUCUCCUUUCCUUUCACUGAUAGGUCUGCAGUGUUAGAACGCAGAUAGUCUGGAAUCUUAAAUGUUAUCCGUGAUACUUUCUUAUGGAUCGUGACGCAACCCAAGUGAAAGGCUCUGACCUGCUAAUGCUUGUACUGGACUGAUUUGAAUCAUCCACACAUUUGCCACACAGGGGCUCCUCUUUCAGCUGAAGGGCCCCACACACAAAAACCAGUAAUCCACCGACAACACCGACUGUACAUAUCCUCCUGGUAUUUUACUGCGCUUCUUAACACAACUCCUCCUCGUUAGUGUUGUAGUUGGCCAUCACUGGGUCAAUGCUCUUUCCUUCCUUUUCCAACCUCAAUCUGUACGUGUAAUUCUGGACUGUUUUUAUCUCAUGCUAUUGUAAGAAAUAAAUGCAAAUUUAAAAAAA